AGCGCGCCCCGCGCCCUCGGCAUGGCCGCUCCGCCCCGCCGCUGCUGAGCCGCCGCCGCCGCCCGGCCCCGCCGCCGCCCGCCCGCGCCGCCGCCCCGCACCGCCCGCGCCGCCCCCCGCGCCAUGGCCGACUGGGCCCCCGCUGAGGAGCUGGAGUGCAUGAUGGAGCCCCAGGAGCUGGGCCUGGAACAGCCGCUGGCCGCCCCCGAGCAGGGCCCCGGCGGCGAGGCCGAGCUGCCGGCCGCCGAGAUCUCCCUCACGCUGGUCACCGAGAUCCAGGCCGUGGACAGGAAGGUGGACACCCAGGCAGCCCAGCUGAUGAACCUGGAGGGCAGGAUGAGGAUGGCGGAGACGAAGCUGAUCGGCUGCGAGAAGACGGCGGUGGAAUUCGGGAACCAGCUGGAGAGCAAGUGGACGGCGCUGGGCACCCUCAUCCAGGAGUACGGGCAGCUGCAGAAGCGCCUGGAGAACAUGGAGAACCUCCUGAAGAACAGGAACUUCUGGAUCCUGCGGCUGCCCCCGGGGGCAAAAGGGGAAGUCCCCAAGGUCCCCGUGGCCUUCAACGACGCCUCGUUUAACUUCUCUGAGGAGGAGUGGAAGAGCCUCAACGAGUGGCAGAAGGAGCUCUACAGGCACAUCAUGAAGGGCAACUAUGAGGCCGUCAUCUCCAUGGACGCUGCCAUUUCCAAGCCUGAGCUGCUGACACGGAUUGAGCAGGGGGAGGAUCCCAACGCUGAGGAUCAGGAGGACUCCGAGGGAGGAGAGACACCCACGGACCCCAGCACUGAGUUUUUCUUCCCUGGGCCCGAUGACAGCUCGUGGGGUAAAUAUGAAGAGACUCUGGCUGAAAGCCACGAAGGCUCUGAGGAAGAGGAGGGCAUGGAGGUCCCUGGUACAUACGAACAGCCGUGUGAUGAGGAGGGCUCCGAGAGCCUGGAGCUUUCCAGGUCCUUGACAGGAAAGUGGGAAGAGGUUUUCUCCAGCCCGGAGGAAGAGAUGCAGUCAAGCAGCAAGAGCCAGAGCGGGCCGGCCCCGCCGCAGCGAACGGCCACGGGGAACGGGCUGAGGCGCUCGGUGCGCCGCGGGAGAGACUUGGCCAGGAAGGAUCCCGAGGAGGCGGCGGCCGACAAGGGGCCCUACAUCUGCUGCGAGUGUGGGGAGAGCUUCCUGGACAAGCAGCUCUUCGCCACCCACCAGAAGGCGCACGCCAGCGAGGAGGCCUGCACGUCCCUGGAGCGCGGCGAGAGCUUCCGGCAGAAAUCCAAAGCCAAGGGCCAGGGUCCCUCCCGCUCCAAAGCGUCCAAGCGCCCCGACGGAGAGAAGAGCUCGGGAUUCAAGUACGGCUUUGUCAGGCACCAGGUGAACAACAUGGUGGAGAGGCCCUACACCUGCUCCCAGUGCAAGGAGAGCUUCAGCCUGGAAGUGAGUCUGAUCCUGCACCAGAAGCUGCACACGGGGAAGGGCGACGGGCCGCUGACGUGCACCUACUGCGGGAAGGACUUCCGAGACCUCUCCAAAGCCAUCCGCCACCAGCGCAUCCACACCGGGGAGAGGCCCUACCAGUGCACCGAGUGCGGGAAGAGCUUCAUCCGGCGGGACCACCUGCUCAAGCACUGGCGGGUGCACACCGGGGAGACCCCCUACCAGUGCCCCGUCUGCGGGAAGCAUUUCCGCUACAAAGAGUCCCUGAAUUGCCACCAGAAAAUCCACUCCCGCAACCCGCGGCCCGGCGAGGAUUCCCAGCACAACCUGGGCUCGGCGGGCACCCAAACCGACCAUUUCUGCGUGAAAAAAGAGACUAAGCAGUAGCCGUGGUGGGGCCGGGGCAGGAGGGCUCGCGGUGACCGUGACGGUCUGGCAGGUGGACGUGCAGCAUGAUGGCAGGUGACUUGUAUCGCAGCUAAUCCAUGUGGUCAUGCUACGAAGCCCGCUUUGGUGAAGCAUCCAAGGAAUUCCUCUUAAAGACUCUGCUCGGCCGGCCCAGGCAGCUCUGGGACCCCGCGGGGUUCCGUGGCACUUCCACCGCGGCGCAGGCCCCGUGCUCGCUGUUCCCUACGCAGGGUUGGAUUCUGCCCGUAGAGAAUAAUCCCGAGCCAUUCUCUGGGGUCCGUAUUUAGCAGGUGUUCCCCCACCUAUCUUUGUGCAUAUUCAGGAGUGACAAGCUUUCGCUUUCUUUUUUCCACUCGUUUCACUGCAAGGCUGGAAGCGCGAGGAGGGAGGGAGGGAAGGAAGGCGCCGUUCCCAGCCGGCCGCCCGCUCCCGCUGCGUCGCCGUGUCCCGAAAAGGCUGCGAGGCCAGGACUGGGAUGAAGACAAGAAAGGCGAGGCAGAGAGGUGGUCAGGGCACGACGCGGGAUUUGUGGAAGGCGGAAAAGCGGAGAGGAGAGCGUGGCAAAGAGCGGGGUGAGAUAAAGCAGGUGCAGGAGAAGGGGCUGAGGACAUUGGAGCAGGAGGAGACGGGAAGGGCAGCGUUUGGAGGCGUGCUGGGGUCACUCACAGCAGGAGGACACGUCUCCGUUCUUUUGAAGGGUGUCACUGGCACCAGCCGGGCUCUGGUUCCCCUCUGGCCCGAGGGAACGGCGCCGCUGGGCCGACACACGGACUCCUGACAAUGAAGGUGACUUUAUUAUUAUUUUUUAACUGGUUUGGUCUCACUCAGGUAAGUCAGACGAGUGAAAGCAGCUUCUCCUAACCCCUGUAAAGAGCUGUUUGGUUUUUAGUUAACCUAGAAGUAGUCUGUUAUUAUUAUUAAUUAUUAUUAUUAUUAUUAUUAAUUAUGAUGAUGAUAAUACUACAAAGAAAGGUGUGACACUAUAUUUCACAGUUGCUCUAAAACACUUCCAUGUAUGCGAUAACUGCCCGGAGUUUUCCAGCUGUUUGUGUAAAUAUUGGAUGACUUCUGGAGCUGUUGGUGUUGUUCUGAGGUGGCUGUACGUGGUGUCUCUUCGCUCUGUAUCGUCAGCUGCUGGUUCGUGACUGUGUUUUGUAAUAACUUUUGUAAAGUCUGUCAAUACAGUGUUUCCAUUCUGAA